CAGACGUAAAGCAGCGAGUUCCUCCCGUCAUGCCUAGCGGUGCCGUUGGCCCAGGGCAGAAUGAGAAGGGAUUUAAAGUGGACGGCGGCAGAUUCCGCGGCUUUGAGCGGAGUGAGAAGAAGCGCUGCAAGGUGCGGAAUGGCGGAGCCUGGUGCAAACUCGGGGGAGCUCAGCCUUAUGGACAAAGGCAUAAAAAGUUUGGAGGAAAUACCGUUAAGUUCAGAACUUCACACACUCAACUUGCACUGUAACCAGAUCUCCAGGAUCGAAAGGCUUGACCACGUGUUGAACUUGCAGCAUUUAGAUCUAUCAUCCAAUCACAUACAUCGGAUUGAGGGCCUAAGUGCUCUGGUUAAUCUUCGCACCUUAAACCUGUCUUGUAAUUUGAUUACAAAAGUUGAAGGGCUGGAAAAGCUAUUGAACUUAACUAAACUGAAUUUGUCUUAUAACCGCAUACAUGAUCUUACAGGACUUCUGUAUCUUCGUGGAGCCAAUUGUAAAAUUAGUCACAUUGAGCUUCACAGCAAUUGUAUCAGUAAUAUUAACCAUUUACUCCAGUGCCUGUCUGGAUUAGAGUACUUGACCAAUCUCACUUUAGAGAAGAAUGGAAAAACUAAUCCAGUAUGUAACAAAACAGGAUACAGAGAGGUCAUCCUUCAGGCCUUACCCCAACUAACUAUCCUAGAUGGAAGGAAUAUGUUUGGCGAACCAGUAAACACCAUGGAAGCAAAUGCAUCGGAUCUGAAGUGCUUAGAAGGUCUCUUGGAUUGCUUGGCUUCAUCUAGUUCUCCUAUAGAUGAAGAAGAGGCUUGUGUUGAUUUGCCAGUGAUAACACCCCGUAUUGAUCAGGUGUUGGCUCAGUUUCGCCAGCGGGCUGUUAUACCAAUCACUAGCUCUUCCACUGAGAUUAUCUCCUCUUCAGAGCCAGAAAGAAUUAAAUUCGAGAGUAACAUGAGAAUAAAAAAACUAGAGGAUCAAAUAUCACAUCUGCUGGAAAAGGUCACUAAUGCUUCAUCAUUUAGUACUGCUUCAAAUGUUCUCAAAGCAAAAAGAGACACAGAUCUCACUUCCGAGAGUGAUGGCGAGAGUGGAAAAGAAAAUAACAGAAAGGUGGCUAAAAGAAGCAAGUUCCCUAACUAUCGAAAAGCAACCUUUUCUACUAAAUGUCGUUCUCAGAGGGAGAAAAUCUUAAACAGGGGAGAAGAGUUGAGUUCCAUAAAGUCAAAAAAUCUAGGAACUCCAUUUAAAGAGGAAGAAUGUUCAAGUUCAGCUAUGGAAGUACCAAGAUAUGAAAAAAUGGGGAAAUCACCCAAGACAUUAAUGGAUAAACAGAAAGGUCAAAUGAAAAAAACAAGCAGCCUCGAUUCUAUUACUCAAGAAGAGUCCACCUAUAGGGCACUAAUUCAAGAACUGGAUCAGGAGAAAGAGAGGAGAUGGAAAGCUGAACAAGCUGAAAAGAAACUGAGAGAUAAUAUCAAAGAGCUACAGAGCCAAGCAAAAGAAGAAAAGGAUAUUCAGAGUAUGGCUGUGUAUACUACAGACAGGCUAAAAGAGUUGGUAUUGAGAGAGCGAAAUGCAAAGACAAAACUUCAGGUUGAUAUGCAGCAACUGAAAGAGGAAGCUGAAAGACUUGUCAAAGAACUAAAUCGGUCAAAACUUAAAGAGGAGGAUCAACAAAAGACACUACAGACUUUAGAAGAAACUUUGUCCAAGAUGGAGAGACAAAGGGUACAGCAGCAAUCUUCUGAGAUGAAACAACUUCGAGCUGCAGAACUUAAAGCUUCAGCAGCUGAGAGAGAAGUGCAGUUACUUCAGAUAUCUCUUCGGCAACAAAAAGAGAAGGUGGAACAAGUCCAUGAGAUGCUUGUGUUGAGGGAGCAGGAGCACAGGAAGGAACUUGAAACUAGAGUUACCUUAAAUGGUUUGGAAUUCCAAGAAGCUGUGUCAAAAGAAGUGGCAAGAGAGCAACAGAGGCAUGAACACCAUAUUAAAAACUUGCAGGAAAAAAUGAAUCUGUUAAACCACAAUUAUAAGGAUCUAGAAGACGAAUUUCGUAUUGCAUUAACUAUAGAAGCCAAAAGAUUUACAGAGGUUAAAGAGGCUUUUGACAACAUUGCUGCUGAGUUGGCAGAACACAAACAUCUUCUUGUUCAGUCUCAACAAAACGAGAAGCACUCAGCGACGCUAAUUCAGGAGCUGACGUCCAUGGUGAAGGAACAAAAAGCUAAGAUCACGGAAGUAGUCAAAUCAAAACAAGAAACAACAUAUAACUUGAAAAGUCAAAUCCGAUCACUUGAAAACAUGGUGGAGGAAGAUAAACAAAAGACAAUACAACUUGAGCUUCUUAAACAGGAAAAGUCAAAAUUUAUUUCACAGAUAACGGCCCAGGAGUCUGUAAUUGAUGGAUUAAAAGCAGAAAGAAAAAUAUGGGGACAGGAGCUGGCACAACAGGGAGCUUCUCUUGCUCAAGAUCGAGGAAAAUUGGAAGCCAAAAUAGAAGUUCUAACUAGUGAGGCUGAGGCUCUGAAAAAACAGAAUGAACGGAGCAGUGAUGCACUGAAGAUCCAGUCAAAAAUAGUGGAAGAUCAAACUGAAACCAUUCGAAAGUUAAAAGAAUUCUUACAGGAACGAGACGAACAAUUAAGAAAGCAUCGUGAAGAAAGUACUGAAAUCCAGAAGAGGCUUGGGGUACAAUUAGAGGAAAGAGAUACACAGUUGGAUGAACUAAUGGAAAAGUUAGGACGGCAAAAUGAGAGGAAAGAGGAACUAAAACAACAGUUGCAAGAAAAAGAUGCAGAGCUUGAAGAUAUCAAGAAAACUUAUAGUGUAAUGAAUAAGAAGUGGCAAGAUAAAGGAGGGCUAUUGAGCAAGCUGGAAGCGCAAGUUAAGCAAAUGAAAGAAAACUUUGAUACAAAGGAGAAGCAGCUGAUUGAGGAGAGAGACAGAAGUCUUCAAGCUCAAAAGGCCUCGAUGGAAAAACUUCGUUCUAUGGAUGAUGCUUUCAGAAGACAACUUGAAUCGACACUAGCAGCUCAUCAAGCAGAAUUGCUUCAGCUAGCAAAUGAAAAGCAGCGACAAAUUGUUGUAGCAAAUGAAAAGGUUUACCAGGUUGAAGAAGAAAUGCGUCAGUUGCUGCAGGAGACUGCAAACAAUAAAAAGGCCAUGGAAGAGAAAAUAAAACGACUUACAUUUGCUUUGAGUGACAUUCAGCAAGAGCUCUGAACUGUCAGAUUUCUAAAUAUUUCAGUCAGCUGACAAUAUACUUGACUGUAGCAAUGUGUUUGGCAAAAUUCUUCAUAUUGGCUUGACAUGUUUGCACUUCAUGUACAAUAUUUUCAAAAUAAAUUGUUGUUAAACUGUC